AUGGAAAGUGGCAAUACCAACGUCGGCGAGGCUACUCAUGUUUGUGCUUCGUGCAAGAAGAAUAAGCGCCGCUGUGAUAAGAAUCUCCCAAGUUGCGGCUCAUGUAUAAAGACUGGUCGAUUCUGUGAUUACUCUGAUUAUGCGGCUUCCGGUCAUACAGACGAGAUCAAUGAACUCCGGCGCAGAAUUGAAGGAUUAGAGCAAUGCGUUCUGCCUGUAUCAAGACAGGCACUUUACACUCCCCCGGGAACUCAAGAACUCAGUCGCACUCCUUGCACAGAAGCUUCACCCGAGCCGGAUCUAUCCAUCCAGGCAUAUUAUCUUGAUUCUGAUCUGUGGUCCUCCUGCAAGUUUCCCGAUAAUGCUAAAUGUAGCGUUUUUGUACCCGAAGGGAUAUCUACGGUCCUGGGAAACCAGCUCGAAAUAGACGCCAUGAAGGUUCGUUACUUCGAGUCUGUUCAUACCUGGAUGCCUAUUGUCAGUAAGAUCAGAUUGAAUCGGCUCAUCCAACGAGCGGGAGGGCCCUUGAAGGCAGAUAUUUCUUUGCUAUUGCUCUGUAUGAAAUUAGUUCAGGAAAUCCCACAUGAGCAACAGACGGAACCAUCGGAGCUUUAUAUUACGGCAAAGCAAUUCCACAGUGAGCUGGAAUUGAAAGGGUUGCUUACCCUACGCAUGGCUCAGGCUGGUAUUCUGCUUUCGGUCUAUGAACUUGGCCAUGGAAUCUUCCCUGCGGCUUUCUCAACGAUUAGCCACUGCGCAAGACAAGGUGUUUCUCUUGGUCUACAUAAUAAGUCAGCACCCCAGUUCCUUGGUGGACCUCGAAGCUGGGUGGAGUGGGAAGAGAGACAACGCGUUUGGUGGAUGAUAAUGAUCCUUGACAGACAUAUCACUGUUGGAGCUGGUCAUCGACCGUUAUGUACUGAAGACCCUAGCAAAGACACAAUUCUCCCGGCAGACGACAGCGCUUGGGACAGCGGUGAAAUUGUGCCCCCUGAACGUGUUUGUCUCUCGUCACUCACUAGCUCAGUUAGCCCCUUCGCACGACUGGCGCAGGCAUCAAACCUACUAGGUCGCGUAAUCAGACACUGCAACGAUACGGCGUUGGAGCUCGAUUUCGUCCUGGAUAAUUACGAAAUGCUCUGCCAGUCAAUAUUCUCUCUUGUGGAACUUCUUUCCCAAGACGAUUCGACGGCAUCGAUGGAGUCGAGUAUUGCGACCACUAUAUGCUUCAACGCUCUCUUGAAAUUAUCUGAUCACCACUCAUGCGACCUGUUCAACGAAGAGAAUCAGUAUUCCGAACAUAAUGCGGCACCUCGUAUCCGCGAGUGUAUGCAACGAUGUUUCCAGAUGUUCAGAGAGAUCUGUGGGCGAGUUGUAUCAUUCGCCCAAGGUCUCAGGCAAAGGCUUACACAGCCCGUAAUGCAAAGGAUCUCGCCGCUAAUGCUUCAAUGCAUUUAUAACUGUGCGGCAAAUCUAUCCUGGAUGUCGCUUGAGACGGAUAACGCACAAUAUGCUGCAGGGAAGCUCGUCUGUGAAGAUAUACUGAGAUCCAUAAGUGGCCGGUGGAAGACAGCUGGUGUCUACUUGGAAUUGCUCCGGAUUGGCGAUAUGGCCCAAGAUGAGUGCCGUUGA